AUGAAAACGGUCACGACGCCGGUGAUGCGUGACGAACCGCCGCCGACGCCGCCGCCGACGACGACGACGGGCGGUGGGGAGUUUGAUUUGAUUGCUUUGACGAACGAAGGCGAGUUCGCCGAGGCGGCGCGGCGGUUGUUGAAGAGAGGGAAGGCUCGAUCGACGAACGACGGCGCCGAAAAGGAGUCGUUCGGCGGGUUAGGUACGGCAGCGGUCGUAGGCGAUGGACGGUUCACGAAGGAGGCGUUCGAUCGCUUUAGAGACAACGUCAAACGCGAGGCGAGCGCGGAGGCGUCUGCGUCCGAGGAGGACGAGGAAGAGACGUCCGUGGAUGACGCAGCACCGAGAGAAAUCUUGGCAGAGUUUGAUUUGAUUUCUCUCGAGUCAGCACCGAAAGUCGCCGAGUCGACUCCGAGUAUGGAUCCGUUCGCUGGAUUUGGCGACAUCGCCGUGGAGUCUCCAUCGCCACCGCAAAACGCCGACAAUGACGAUGAAUUUGGCGAUUUUGUAUAG